AUGGAGAAUGAAACAGUCAAUAUCGAUGUUCUACAGCUGGAGGGAUUAAAGGUCAGCCCAGAGUCCUCAAUUCCUGUCUUCAUCCUCUUCCUCCUCAUCUACAUCUUCAUCAUGGUGUCCAACAUCGGCCUCGUAGUCCUGAUCUUCACCGAGAAGAGCCUCCACCAGCCCAUGUAUCUGCUCUUCUGCAACAUGAGCAUUAAUGAUGUUUUGGGGGCCACAACUGUCAUUCCUCGUUUGCUGAGUGACAUUUUUGUUCCGGGCACUAACCGGUCCAUCCAUUACAUCGACUGUGUCAUUCAGGCCUUUUGUUCUCACCUUCACGGAGCCACCUCACACACUGUGCUCAUGAUCAUGGCUGUUGAUCGAUAUUUGGCCAUCUGCAACCCUCUGCGAUAUGCCACCAUCAUGACUAAGAGGAUGGUGGUGAAGCUGUCGGUGUCGGCCUGGGCAGUGACCUUUGUCUUGGUUGCCAUCGCUGUAGGCCUCAGCGUGCGCCUGUCCCGCUGCAGGCGGGUUGUCUUCAACCCGUUCUGCGACAACCCCUCCUUAUUCAAGCUGUCCUGUGAAAACCUUAUCAUCAACCACAUCUACGGAUUGAUCACUGCGAUGGGGACGUUGUUCAUGUCCCUGUGCAGUGUAAUGCUCACCUACAUGAGGAUUGCCAUGGUGUGUUUAAGCAGUAAAAACAAGGCUCUGAACAGCAAAGCGCUGCAGACCUGCGCCACCCACCUGGUUGUGUACAUCAUCCUGCUUGUGUCAGGCGCCAUCAUCAUCAUCCUCCAUCGUUUUCCUCGCUUAUCAGAUCACAGGAAGCUGGCAUCCAUCUUGUUUCACGUGGUCCCUCCUGCCAUGAACACUGUUAUAUAUGGAGUGCAAAUCAAAGCGGUCAGAGAAAAGAUUUUCAUCAUAUUUACAAGGAAUACAAUGAAUGUGACAAGAGCAAACAGGUCCGAGGUGACGGGUCAGACUAAAAGCAGUUCCAGAGCCCCAGAUGACAGAAAUAAAAAUGAGGAAGACUAUGUUGCCCGGACUGGUGUUACUGGGGCCCACACCCUGGAGGCCCACUUGGUCUAUUCCAAGGUACUGCAGAGGAGAAUUCGGCCGAUAGUCGAACCUUGGAUUCAGGAGGAUCACCCUGGUCGUGGAACACUGGACCAGCUCUACACCCUCCGCAGGGUGCUCUAG